UGCUGCUGUGAGUGAGUGAGGGAGUGAGUGAGGGAGUGAGUGGGGGUGGAGGAGCUGCUGCAGGGUCUCUCUCUCUCUCUCUCUGCGCUGCUCAUGGCCGCUACAGCACACACCGCUCAGGGAGCUCACUGAGACUGAGACACACACACACACACACACUGACUGAGACUCUGAGCCUGGUGUGUGAGUGUGUGAGUCUGAGACUGUGUGUGAGACUCUGAGCCUGGUGUGAGAGAGUGUGUGAGUCUGGGACUGUGUGUGAGACUGUGUGUGAGCCUCGGCUGUGCAGCUCGGCUGGGGAUUUUGUGUCGGAGCGGAAGCUGGUGCGGCGGAAGAUGGCCGGGAUCCGGUGGAAGUUGAGUCGGCUGCUCCCCUCGCUGCUCUCCUCCUCUUUCUUCGCCUUCCUGCUGCUCUCUCCGUCCUGCGCGCUCCUCCACUCGGACCGGGUGCGCGCGAGCUCCGUGUCCGGGUUCGGUGUGGAGCUCGGGGGAGUCGGUGUUCCGGUCCGGACCCGCAGGACGGGCUCGAGCCCCGGCGGACUGAGCCAUCACAUGAAGCUGUCCGGGGUGAAUGUCUGUGGAGGGCAGUGCUGUAUCGGAUGGAGCCGAGCGCCUGGAUCUCAGCGCUGCACAAAACCCAACUGUCUUCCAAAAUGCCAGAAUGGAGGCAUGUGCCUCAGGCCGCAGAUGUGUGUGUGUAAACCUGGAUCAAAAGGGAAAUUAUGUGAGCAAACCACUCUGCCCACUUCCUCUCAUCCGACUGGUCCAGUGAAUGGACACACAAACGGACACAGUAAUGGACACACCCUCGUGCCGCAGCGUCCGAUUCCUCAGCAGGUUUUCCCACAAGGCCCUGCUUCAUAUCCUCGACCCAAGAUGAACAUGGCUCACAUGACCCUGAGCAUGAAGGUGGCGCCCAACAGUCAACAGCCAAUCCCCUUUCAGCAACAUGUACAGCAUCCUGUUUCAAUAAAUAUACAGCAGGGAAAAAGCCAGAAGUUUGUGAUCAAGCCGAAGUUUUAUCCCUCACAUAACACACGCACGCAGCUGCACAGACCAGGAUACACACCUGAGCGCAGCAUCCCUCUGAGCGUCGGACACCACUCACUACACGUGGCCAACCACACGGGUCGGAUCAAACUCGUCUUCACUCCAACCAUCUGCAAGCUGACGUGUAGCGGCAGUCGCUGCCACAACACCUGCGAGAAAGGAAACACGACCACCAUCAUCAGCGAGAACGGGCGCACCACUGACACGCUCACCGCCCCUAACUUCAGAGUCGUGGUGUGUCAUCUGCCCUGUAUGAAUGGAGGGAAGUGUAGCGUGAGAGAUAAAUGCCAGUGUCCACCGAACUUCACCGGAAAGUUCUGCCAGAUGCAGACAAAGAAUGGGCCGAGCACCAACAUCCAAACCACACACACACUCCCACUGAGCUAUGGCCACGGCCAGGGUGUGGUGAAUAUUCAUGUUAAUCAUCCGCCUGAAGCAUCAGUUCAGAUUCAUCAGGUGUCUCAGGUGGACAGCAGCAGCACUGUACAGAAAUUCCAGCAGCACAGCACGUAUUCCAACCAGCAGAGCUUCCUGCAUUACCAACCCGUCACGUCUAAGAACCAACUCGGACGCUGCUUCCAGGAAACCAGUGGCACACAGUGUGGGAAAGCCCUCCCGGGCCUCUCUAAGCAGGAGGACUGCUGUGGGACGAUCGGCACUUCCUGGGGAUUUCACAAAUGCCAAAAGUGUCCAAGGAAACAGUCGAUUCCUCUGCUUGAGUGUCCUCAUGGGUACAAGAGGUUUAACAGCACUCGCUGCAUUGAUAUAAAUGAGUGUCAGUUACAGGGUGUAUGUCCAAAUGGGAACUGCAUCAACACACCCGGGAGCUACAGGUGUUUAUGUAAAUCUGGAUUCAUCCCUGACGCCACACUCACCAGCUGCUACCCCGAAUCCCCGCCCCCUGUGCGUGAGGAGGAGAGGGGGGCGUGUUUCCGUGUGUUCAGUGGCGGGCGUCAGUGUUUACACCCCGUCUCUACUGAGCUGAGCAAACAGCUGUGCUGCUGCAGCGUGGGGAAGGCGUGGGGGGGCCAGUGUGAGCGCUGUCCACUGCCUGGAACAGCUGCGUUUAAGGAGAUUUGUCCCGGCGGUUUGGGUUAUCACGUGACCAAUCCAUACGUGUAUAAACCCAAACCUCCUCCUCCUCCUGUAAACCCGGAGGUGUUCGAACGGGGCGAUGGACACCGUCCUGUGAUCACGCACCCGAAACCGACCAUCGCCAUCUCCCCGCUGCCCGUCCCCACCGUCCAGCAGCCCAUCGAGGCUUUCAGCUUCACGGAGAGACACCUACCUGUCCCAGUGGUGGUGGAGAAAACCUCACCCGCUGCUCCAGUCGUCAUUUUACCAUCCAGUGCUAGUCAGGACAUUUACCCAACUCAGUUUGCAGAAGUGGACGAGUGUGCGGUUAGUCCUCGUAUCUGUGGUCAGGGGCUGUGCUACGAUACGGCCGAGAGCUACACCUGCAUCUGUAACGACGGCUACAAGCUGAACGACGAGGCGACCACCUGCGUAGAUGUUGAUGAGUGUGUGGACGAUCCUCACCUGUGUGUUCAUGGCCGCUGUGAGAACACACCUGGCUAUUUCACCUGUGUGUGUCAGCUGGGCUUUAAUCUGGAUGAGGAGGGAACCAGCUGCAUCGAUAUAAAUGAGUGUGAAGCUCCGUAUGUGUGUCCUGAGAACAGUGUGUGUGUGAACACAGCUGGUUCGUACACGUGUCGUCAAUGCAGCAGAGGAUACACUCUGGGUCAGAGUGGACAGUGUGAAGAUGUAGAUGAAUGUCAGAAUGGGAGUGUGUGUCCGACGGGUGUGUGUUAUAACACACUCGGCUCGUACAUGUGCAGCCCGUGUCCUGAAGGCUUCCAGGGCAAAGACGGCAAGUGUGUGGAUAUUGAUGAGUGUGUGGAUGGAUCCGUGUGUGCUCACGGUCAGUGCUCCAAUCAUGAAGGUUUCUUCAUCUGUACGUGUGACGACGGCUUCAUUCCCACUCCAGACCGCAAAGCCUGCACAGACAUUGAUGAGUGCCAGGAUGAGAAUGUGUGUAUGAGGGGUCACUGUGAGAACACGGAGGGAGCGUUCGUCUGUCACUGUGAGAGUGGAUUUACAGUCUCCGAGUCAGGAGAGCAGUGUGAUGAUGUGGAUGAGUGUCGGGAGCUGUCAGGGCUGUGUGAUGGUGUUGGUCAGUGUGUGAAUAACAUCGGAUCAUACCACUGUAACUGUCCCCUGGGGUACCGGCAGGUCAACGGAACUCGCUGUCAAGAUGUAGAUGAGUGUGUAGAGGAGACUGUGAGGCCGCACAGUGUGGAGUGUGUGAACACAGAGGGCUCAUUUUACUUCAUCUGUGAGCAUGGAUACACCUGGACACAUGAUCCACCCGCAUGUGAGGAUGUGGAUGAGUGUGCUCUGAACAGGAGUGUGUGUCAGCACGGUGUGUGUCAGAACACUGUGGGGUCGUUUUUCUGUCAGUGUGAUCCGGGAUAUGAGGACAAACACGACGGCAAGGGCUGUGAGGAUAUGAACGAGUGUGAGCUCCUGAGUGAUGUGUGUGGUGAGGCGGUGUGUGAGAACGUACCAGGUUCUUUCGAGUGUGUGUGUCCUGAAGAGGGCUUCGAGUUCAACCAGAUGACGGCAAAGUGUUUACCUGCACCGCAAGCCUCGUCCACAGGGAGGAAGGUGUGUUACUACAAUCUGAGCGAUGAAAACCUGUGUGAUAACGUUCUGGCGAGUGGCGUGACGAUCGAGGAGUGCUGCUGUACGCUCGGAGCAGGAUGGGGCGACAACUGCGAGGUUCACCCCUGUCCUGUCCAAGGCUCAGAUCAGUUCACUCAGAUGUGUCCCGCUGGACGAGGCAGGAUUCCAACUGGAGAUGACACCUCACCUGUUACUUACAAAGAUGCUGAUGAAUGCGAUAUCUUUAAGGAUGAGAUCUGUAAGGACGGAUUCUGUCAGGACACACCGGGAGAAUUCGAGUGUUACUGUAAAGCCGGACUCUACUACGACGAGACGAAGCUGCAGUGUGUAGACACAGACGAGUGUCUAGACGAGCUGAACUGUGUGGGUGGUCAGUGUUUAAAUAGUCACGGAUCGUAUCAGUGUUUCUGUACGCCCCCCACGGUGCUCGAUGCAACAAACAAGCGCUGUGUUUUCCCCGAAGCAGCAGAGCCCAGUGAGCAGCAGGGUGUGCAUCAGGAGGUCUGUUGGCAGACUGUUUCCCCCACAAUGACCUGCACCAACGUUCUGAGUAACCGAGUGACCACAUACACCGAGUGCUGCUGUCUGUACGGAGAGGCCUGGGGCAUGCAGUGUGCACUGUGUCCUCCGAAACACUCUGAGGAUUACGCCAUCAUGUGUAAUAUCCGAGGUUCUGGGUCGGUCAGACGGCCUUACGGUCAGGACGCGCUGGUGGCCGGACCUGUUCACGAGUACGAGGUGGGCCCGGAGUACGGCCCACGCACUUUGAACUCGAACCCGACCUUCUACGAGGACUACGACGACUCUAACAUGGGGAGAUACGAGGCGUUUGAAGGACUGCGUGCGGAGGAGUGCGGAGUGUUAAACGGCUGUGAGAACGGAAGGUGUGUGAGGGUGCAGAAGGGAUACACAUGCGACUGUUUUGAUGGAUACACACUCGACAUGUCCCGCAUGGCCUGCAUCGAUGUAAACGAGUGCACGGAGCUCAACAAGCGCAUGUCUCUGUGCAGAAACGGGAAAUGCAUCAACACACAGGGUUCGUAUAAAUGCCAGUGUUUGCCUGGAUACACACCAUCAGAGAGACCCAACUACUGCGUUCCCAUCAUGCCAAGCGCUAGCACCAGCACCGAGUGACCACCAGGGGACGCCACCAUCUCACACACACACACACACGCUCUUAUUUAAUCAAAGCCCAUAUAUUCUGCACUGUAUUAUAACACACACACACGAAAAAAUGAACAAAAUCCUACUUGAGAUGAAGAUAGAAGUUUAACACGUUUCUAAUCUUAUUGAGAGAAAACAGAACUGUAUAAAAUUGUGUUUAUUGUCUUUAUGUUCAUUUUUUCUGAUUUUUAAAUUAGAAGGAAUUUUUAGUGUUUUUUUAAAGAGACAAACCCUACGAAGUGAGCACUGGGGGAUAAAACCGUGUUCUUCACCCAGCGUGACACUGAUCUUUAUUUUAUUAUAAUUAUAUUCCGCCGUGUGUGUUCCUCUCUCGUCCCUCCUUCCCUCUCUUCACCCACAAUCCUUUGCUUUUCUCCUCGCGUCUUGGGUUCAUCUCAAAUUCACAAAGUUCUGAUGUUAAAUUUAUAUCCUAUAAAGCACCGUUUCUGACGCUGUCUCCGUAUCACAUCGGUUCCGUGUGGGAACGUUUUCACUUCUGUCUCAUCUCCUGAGUGGAUUUAUACGAUUCGUCCAAAAUUUGUCCAAAUUUUUUACUUUUGUUUAUUUUUAUGUUUCUGGAGUUUUUUCUGCCCCAAAUAAAUCUCCUGACUUUCCCUGAACCACAA